GCCCGGUUGGUGAAGGAAGAAGACGGAGAUGAAAAUCCUGCUGCCCUCGAUUCUCAUCCUGUCUGCUGUGAUCUUGCUGCAGUUUGCACAGAUACAAUGUUUUAAGGCUUCAAUUCCGAUGGACCUCGCAGGAAAUUCCCUUGACGAUCAAUAUGUCGGUUGUAGAGAUGAAAUGUUAAAAAUUGUCAAUAAAAAAUAUCUUUCAUCAGAAUUAAAAAAAAACCCAGACUUUAAAAACGCCUGGAGCAUAGCAAAAAAAGAAAACAAAAACCAAAAGCAGAAGGUACUGAAACCGGAACAAGCCAUGGCAAUCUAUGUUUACACUAUGGAUGCUGUUCAUGACCCAUUCAAUAAAGCAGUUAGAGAAGGAGGAACAAAUUACAAAGCUUUCCCAUUCAAGUCAUUGCAUUUUCUUCUGACAGACGCCCUGAAUACUCUGAGGUCCAAGGAGGCUAAAUGUUAUAAUGUUUUUAGAGGAGAUACUAAAAAGUCUACCACUGAUGUAGGUGCAAUUGUACGAUUUGGGCAUUUUGCUUCUACCUCUCUAGACAAAAAUGUAGCAAAAGAGUUUGGAACAAGAACAGUGUUUGAAAUAAAAACCUGCCUCGGCGUGCUAAUUCAAGAAUAUUCAGACAACCCCGACGAAGAAGAAGUGCUUAUUCCACCUUUUGAAAAAUUUAAAGUGUUGAAUGUCAAAGGAAAUCAAAUCCAACUGGAACACAUUCCUGACAAGACGAGUAAUUUCAACUGCUUGGGAGUGAAGAAAAGUCUCCCUGAAGAUGCAAAACACAAUGGUGGGAAAAUUCUGGCUGUCUAA